AUGAAACUUUUCGGAAUUCCCAGCAAGGUUGCGGAAAAAAAAAGGGCCGCUGAGCUCGGCAAUUCAACUUUGAGCGCAGCAGCAGUAGCAGGCGAGCAGCCCUCAACGGCUGCAGGGCUGCAAAGGCGGCGUGGCUGGGUUGGACCCGUGUUGAGCCGCCUCGCAGACAAAUCCACGUUCUUUGCGUGUGAGAUCCCUGCAAAGAGUGGAGAGCAGCCGCAACCACGAACAGUCACAGCAGGCCGUGGGACCAUCACAGCCCACCUUGCGCACCGUCACUCUCAGCUGCAACCGCAACCUCUUCCAGCCCAGCUUGCUUCGACCAUCACCCUCGCGCUCCGUCUUACCUUCCUAUCGUCACCAUUCUGCAUCUCCGGCUCUUCCGUCGUCCACUCGAUCGGCCGCGCUUCUGUCCAUCACAUCUCGACACGCCUACGCGACGCGCUCGCCAACAUCCCGCUAUCUACGCCACACGCCACACGACCCACGAUCCACGAUCCACGCAUUUGCCUCGUCCUACCACACCGACCCAACCUGCAUGGCAUUUUGCUCAGCGAACCUUAG